AUGUCAAAGAAGCCAGAAGAUUUGGUUUCUGUCUCAGCAACGACACCCGUAUCGUCGGUGUCACCGCUUAACCUAAAAAGCACAAAUUUGCCAGCCGCAUGGAGACACUGGCUCAGUCUAUUCAAAAUUUAUUUACGUGCUUCUAGUCUCGAGGAGCAACCAGAUAGCCGAAAAGUAGCAUUAUUGCUACAUUACAUGGGUCCUGAUUCACUGGAUAUAUUCAAUUCUUUCAAUGAAGAUCUGGACAAAAUCACAUACGAUGUCCUCGUGAAAAAACUGGAUGAUUAUUUCCUUCCAAAGGUGAAUAUCAUAAUGGAAAGGUAUUCAUUUUUUUCCAGGCGACAAGGUCCAGACGAAUCCAUUGAUGAAUUUGUCACUUCGCUCAAAAACUUAAGUCUGACAUGCGACUUUGAAACCCUACGUGAGGAUCUAGUUCGCGACAUAUUCAUUUGUGGCCUUCAUAACAAGUUUUCUCACUUAAAAGAAAAGCUUCUCAAUGAAGACAAAAUAACUUUGGAAAAAGCAGUCCUAACAUCCAGAAGCAUGGAGCUCAACAAAGAGCACGUCCAACAAUUGCAAGCCCAGCAAACAAGCAGUUUCAUCGGUGCUUUGCAGAAACAUAACAACAACUCGUCAUCAGAAGCCCAGAGUCAUCGUCAUCAUCGGCAGUUUUCGAAGCCAGCUCGUCAACAACAUAAAACGUCAUCGUCGUCAUCACCACAGUCUCAUAUAAAGUCGUCUUCAAAUCGUCAAAACUCAUUCCGCUAUUCACGUCAUAACCAGCAACAAACCGGUCGAAAAAAUUACCAUCAGCAGAGUUCACAGUACACUUCAUCGAACGGUAAGAACUCGUGUAAAAAUUGUGGACAGGUUCACAAAUACACUUGUCCAGCUAUGGGUGUAACUUGCUACAGGUGUAGAGGUAAAGAUCAUUUUUCGAAAAUGUGUCCAAGGAAUCUUCAAGUCCGCAACAUCGAAUUUGCGACUGAUGUGUCGGAUACAGAAUCAGUCUUGUCAACAUUGUUUAUUGGCGUUCUACAACAACAACAGAACGAAAAUCAACAACGUCAACGUCAUCAUAGUCCCCAUCAUCAGUUCCAGAAUCAACAACGUUAUCAACAUGACGAAGAUGAGCCCCAGUGGCAUGUGUCUUUGCAGAUCAACAACUGCAAAAUUUCCUGUCAACUUGACACACGAGCUCAAGGUAAUGUCAUGUCUGUCAAUCAGCUACAAACACUUGGAUUAUCCCGCAGUAUUAUUAAAUCAAGUAAUCAAAAUUUAUUAACUUUUAGUGGUGAAAAAAUUUAUUCAUUAGGAUAUUGCAUGCUUAAUUGUACUUAUAAAAAUAUAGUUUAUAAAAUUAAAUUUAUAGUUGUUGAAAUUGAUUGCAAGUGUCUUAUAGGUCUUAAAACGUGUCUAGAAAUGAAUUUAAUUAAGAAAAAUGACGAAUAUAAUUUAAACGUGAAUGCAAUGUGUUCUAAAAAUGAUGAAAAAGAUAUUCAUAAUUUGCCAAAUUUUGUAAAAGAAUUUAAAGAUGUCUUUGAAGGUUUAGGUUGUUUGAAAGAAAAGUGCCAUUUUAAAGUUAAAUGUGAUGUAACUCCGGUAGUCGACAGCCCUCGUAAAAUUCCAUUCGCGUUAAUGUCGGAUUUCAAAAAAGAGCUCGAAAGGUUAGAAAAUCUUAAUGUCAUAACAGAAGUUAAGGAGCCUACUACUUGGGUCAACUCUAUUGUUUUGGUUAAAAAACCCAAUGGGAAUUUACGUUUGUGUCUUGAUCCGCGUAACUUAAACAAAGCGAUUCUUCGCCCACAUUUUCAAUUUCCGAAUGUGGAAGAUAUUAAAGCUCAAUUGAGUGGUUCAAAAUAUUUUUCCGUUUUAGAUGCAAACUCGGGUUUUUGGAUGAUUCAGUUAGACGAAGAAUCUUCAAUGUUGUGCACUUUUCAUACGCCUUUUGGCCGUCGUCGUUUUUUGCGCCUACCUUUUGGUAUAAAUGCAGCGCCUGAAAUUUUUCAUUGUGAAAUGGUUAAACAGUUCAGUGAUAUCCCAAACCUAGAAAUUUAUAUUGAUGAUUUUUUGAUUCAUGCUAAGACCAAAGAAGAGCAUGACAAAGUAUUGAAGUUAGUUUUGCUUAGAGCCAGGGAUAUAGGUUUAAAGUUUAAUCCGUCAAAGUCAAAAUUUUUUCAAAGUGAAAUAACUUUUAUCGGUCAUUUAUUUAGUCAUGAUGGUGUUCGUCCCGAUCCAUCGAAAGUUGAAGCGAUAUGUGCUAUACCCAGGCCAAAGUCCAAGACGGAGUUACAACGCUUCCUGGGUAUGGUUAAUUAUUUAGGUACAUUUGUCAAGGGAAUGUCUGCCCAAAAUGUUAAUUUGCGUAAUCUUUUAAAGAAAGAUGUAGAAUGGCAUUGGUCCGAUGACCAUGAAAAAGAAUUUAAAAAACUAAAAGAGUUGAUUUCCAACACACCAGUCCUUACUUAUUUUGAUGUCAAUAAACCAUUGACACUUUCAGUUGACGCAUCGCAAAAUGCAGUUGGAGCUGUAAUUUCUCAUGAUGGAAAUCCUAUUGCGUACGCCUCAGCUACACUUACAACGUCUCAACAAAACUAUGCUCAAAUCGAGAAAGAGCUUUUCGCGAUUUUAUUCGGAUGUACUAAAUUUCACGCUUUCGUAUUUGGCAAGUCAGUCUUAGUUGAGACAGACCAUAAGCCCUUGGUUCCGCUUUUCGAUAAGGCAUUGUACAAAGUCCCAGCUCGGUUACAGCGAUUUAUGCUAAGACUCUUAGCAUAUGAUUUAAAAGUUAUUUUUAAACCUGGAAAGUACAUGUAUGUCGCUGAUACAUUGUCUCGUGCUGCAAUGCCAAACGAAACCUUAACGGAAUUUGACAAAGACAUAAGUCUUCAUUGCAAUUUAUGGGGAAUUGACCAUGUUACCUCAAGUCCAUAUUUUCCUAGGUCCAAUGGAUUGGCUGAACGUUCUGUUCAGACCAUUAAAAAAUUGCUUAAAAAAUGUCACGAAACAAAUUCAGAUCUAUAUGUAGCUCUUUUGCACUAUAGGACAACUCGAAAGGGAAAUAUUAACUCGCCUUCAGAACUUUUAAUGUCUAGGCAAUUAAGAACAAAACUACCCGUUUUAAAUGAAAAUUUAAAGCCUUUCAAUGUUGACCUAGAUGAGCAUAAUAAGAAAAUUAAACUCCAGCAAAAUAAGACCCGUGAUUAUUAUGACAAAAAUGCUAAAGCAUUGCCAACUUUGACCAAUGGUCAAAAUAUUUAUUAUAAGAAAACUCCAAUUUCAAAUUGGGAGCCAGGUAUAGUUUUACAGAAAUGUCCAGAGCCUCGGUCUUAUUUAAUUAGUUCAAAAGACGGCUCAGAAUAUCGUCGUAAUAGGGAGCAUCUCCUAGAGGGAUCCUCAAUUGACACUAAAAAAAUUAAAUCAGAAAAUGAUGACCAUAUUCGAAAUGGAAAAUGUCAGCAAGAAUCUUUGCCUGUUGAAGGAAAAGUUAAUGAAGAUGUACCUCAUUCGGGUGAUUCGAAUAGCCUCACUCCAACGCCUGAUUAUGUAACUCGUUUCGGAAGAACAGUAGCACCACCGAAUCGUUUCGGUUUUGAUUAA